UGAAUUAAAACUGAAUUAAAACUUGAAAAGUUUAUCCUAACCAAACAUUAGAAUAAAGUUCAUAUUUAUAUGAGCCAUUCAGUAAAGCCUUUGUUUCAGAACAUAACUCAGCAAUGACAAUGAAGUUUCGGGCCAAUGAGGUUCUCAAUGGGAAGUACACAAGAGCCACAGCCAAAAGUGUUUUCCUGGUACCCUUCACUCUUCUUCUCAUCAUGCUCCCUCUUUCUCUCAUGAGAAGCUCUCAUGAAUCAACUCCAGAGAUAUCUUCUGUAAGUGUAAGCAGCAGUUUGAACAACAACACAGAAGUAAAACAAUGUAACAUCUUUUCUGGAAGAUGGGUGCAUAAUCCUGAAGCACCUUACUACAGCAAUGAAACAUGCCAUUGGAUAAUAGACCAACAAAACUGCUUGAAGUUUGGGAGGCCUGAUAGAGAGUACCUCCAUUGGAGGUGGAAACCUGAUGAAUGUGAGCUUCCAUUCUUCAAUGCAACUCAAUUCUUAAAUCUUGUGAGAGGAAAGAAAAUGGCAUUUGUUGGAGACUCAGUGGGGAGAAACCAGAUGCAGUCUUUGUUGUGCCUCCUAAGUCAUGUGUCUGAACCUGAGGAUGUUUCUCAUAAAUAUUCUUCUGAUGUGGUAUACUUCAAACGUUAUUUCUACCAUGAUUACAAUUUCACCCUUGGAAAUCUAUGGUCUCCAUAUUUUGUGAGAUCCAGUGAUGCUGACCCCAGAGGCCACACCUACAACAGCAUCAUGAAGUUGUAUGUGGAUGAGGCAGAUGAAGCAUGGACAAGCCAGGUUGAAAACUUUGACAUAGUUAUAAUCUCAUCAGGGCAAUGGUUCUUCAGGCCACUAUUGUUCUAUGAAAAGGGUAAGCUUGUUGGAUGCAACAAGUGUGGGAUGGACAAUGUGACAGACCUCACACACCUCUAUGGAUACAAGAAGGCAUUCAGGACAGCAUUUAGGGCACUCAAUAGCCUUGAAAAUUACAAAGGGGUCACAUUUUUAAGGACAUUCUCACCAGCACACUUUGAGAAUGGUGAUUGGAACAAGGGUGGGAAGUGUGUGAGGACUAUGCCAUUCACCAAGCAAGAAAUGAGGCUUGAGGAUGGGGCAGUUGAGUACAUUCUAGAGAUGUAUGUGACACAAGUGGAGGAGUUUAGAGAGGCACAAAGGGUGGCCACAAAGAGAGGGUUGGAGUUUCUAAUGAUGAACACUACUGAAAUUAUGUUGCUUAGGCCUGAUGGACACCCUAACAACUAUGGACAUGCCAAGGACAAAAAUGUGACAUUGAAUGACUGUGUUCAUUGGUGCUUGCCAGGGCCUGUUGACACAUGGAAUGAGUUUUUGCUCUAUAUGUUGGAUAUUAUGGGAAGUGAUGCAUUUUUUAGUUCUAAGCUAGAGAAAGUUUUUUAAGAGCAUCGGAUUUAAUUACCAUGCUAACCAUGUGGAGUAUAUUGUUAACCAUGUGGGGGAGAUUGUUUAUUGCUUUUUUUUUUUUUUGGGUUCACAACAAAGAAUAUUUGUAUAUUUUAACAUGUAUUUGCACAAAGGGGAGGGAAUGUGGAAAUGGCACUCUGAAAUAUGAAUGUAUUUAUCUGCUCAUAUAGAAUGUAUAUCCAAAGGUAUUUUUGUGGAUACAA